AUGAAGCUCUUUCCAGAAGACAGAGAUGAAGAGAUGUCAAUGUUUCUCAGAGAUUCAGACGAGGAAUCAGGGGAAGAUGAGUCAAUCGCCAAAGAAGAAAAAGAGCCAUCUGAAAAACAACAUCCACGUCCAAGUCGCUUUCAACCUGCUAAAGAGCCAAAGGAGAAAAAAGUAGUGAUCCAUAAGAAACCCAUUCGCAGAAACAAAACAAAGGUUCCUCGUGUCCGGACACUAAACGUGACACCGGGAGUAAAAGAAGUGAAAGUAACAUGGGAAAUAUUUCCGAAAGAAGAAUUCAAUGACAUACAAUAUAUAAUUCAAUGGAGAAAGAAAGGGGAGCAGAAAGGUUGGCGGAGGGGUGAAAGUACGAAACUCAUUUAUAUCAUCAAAAACCUGGCUCCGGAAACAGCGUAUGAGGUCAAGGUUGCCGCCUUAUGGGAGAGGAUUAUAUCUCCAUCAGAGCAGACAGAUGUGACAACUGAUAAAAGAGAGAGUGUGCAAGAAUUACACUCACUUGAUUCACCACGUGACUCCCCUGUAGAGUACGCUCAAAGAAAGCUUUCUGUCAUAAUUAUUAAUGACCAUAAAGGUGGGAUGCAUACUGAGCUAAAUAUCAGAGCACGAGAAAUUUUUGACUUCUUCGACAAGACCUUACGUUUCAAAACUGUUGUCAAAUUGGAAAAUCAACCAAGGGAAAAGGUGCGAGACUGGUUCAAAGCUUUGGAUAGAAGUAAAAUGUUUGACGGGUUUGAAAUGUUCGUGUGUGUCCUCGUAGGUUUCGGCGAUUACAAUGGAUUUUAUGGAUGUGAUGGAGAAUUGCUGUCCUUUCACGAAAUUUACAAGCAAACCAGGGAGAAGUUUGGCAGUAAGCCAAAAGUCAUUCUUGUUGACAUCAUAAAUAUUCCUUCUUCAAGAGUGCCAUCGAUGAAAAGUGCGGACGUACGAGUAAUGGAAAACUCGUCAAGGGAAGUUGUUCUUGAGUGGACGCCACCACGGUACCACGAGAGUGAUGUCCAGUUUCACAUAGAGUGUUUCAAAGGCUUAAAUAAAGUAAUGGAAGUAUUUCAACCAAACACUCGAAUAGAAUUUGAAAAUCUUGAACCAAACACCCAUUAUAGAUUUCAUGUAACACCAGUUCUUGGAAAGGAAGGAAAGCCAUACGGAAGUUCAGUUUACGCAAAAAUUAAAACUAAGGCGAGACUAAAAGAUACAGACAUUUUAGAGGUUCGAAAUUUGUGUGCACAAAGACUCUCCGAAAAUGAGAUACUGAUGUUCUGGAACCCUCCUGGGAUCAGAAAAACUAGUCAUUUGUCCUACGUCAUUUCUUGGGUAGAUCAGACUAAUCUCACAAAACGUUCAGAAAUGGAAACAAAGAAAACAUCGUGUAUACUUAAUGGUCUACAGUCCAAUUCAGAACAGCUGGUUAAAGUUGCUGUUAAGGCAUAUGACAAAACAUUUUUCCCUCUCAGUUACCAUGUCCCAUAUUUUCAAGAUGUUUUGAGACCUACCCACGUGACAGCAAUAGCAGAAUCACAUUCGGUGUUUUGGGUGGACUGGCAAUUUCCUAUAGAUAAACAAGAACAUAUUGAAAAGUUUAUCGUCCAUUGUUCAGAAUGCUUGUCUUUCAGAAAAAACCGCACAAGGUCUUUCGAUGUAAUGAAAGACCUCCGGAGUUUACCAGUCACCUAUAUACCAGAGCUUUUUUACCAUUACAUUAAAGUUUCACCAAUAGCCCAGGACAAUUCCCCUACUGUAAAACUUCAUGAGUCGCUUAUUGCUCGAAUUGAAACUGAUAAAGCACUGAGGCUGUUUGUCUCCUCAAAAACAAGUAACUCGUGUGAGCUAAUUUGGUGGGUGGAUAUACAGGAUAGAGAAAUGGUUUCCACCUACACGGCACAUUGUAAACCCUCAGAUCCAAAGAAGAAAAAGUUUAAACCAGUUCCUCUCAAGCUCGGACCUGAAUGUCGCCAAACUCAUGAAAUUGUUAAUCUUGAGAGUGAUACGACCUACUUUGUAUCGAUUUACCAUCAAAGGAAGAUGUACACACAACAGGUUAAAGUAAGGACACUUCCCAAAGGCAAUCCAGAAAAUCUUGAAAUCACAUUUGUAUCGUCCUUCGAGGUCAUAGUAACUUGGUCAGAGAACUUUAAAUCCGGGGCAACGGAGAAUACAUACAUUGUAGAAUAUAAAUGUGACCCUACGAUAAUGAAGAGGACUAUGCGUUUGAGGACGUCCGAAUGUUCUAUACGUCUUACAGAUCUACUUCCUGAUGUUCAAUACGAGGUGUCCGUCAAAAACAAAGAAAAAGGAGACCCGUCUGUCAAAACAUUCAGGACACCAAAAUUCGGGCCAACUAAUUUACAACACCGAGUGACUUCAUCAGAAAUAGCACUAACUUGGGAAAGUGCUGUCCUUCCUGAAAAUUCUACAGAGUUAUUACAGUACCAUAUUUUCCUAGAAAGGGAAGAUGGAAAUAGACAAAAGGGGAUGAUUAUUAAAGAUACUUCUGUAUCAUUUCAUUGUACAUUUGGUAAUCUGUGGUCAUCUACUUCGUAUGUUGUCAAGUGUUUUACACUUAUUGAUGGGAAACGGAAAUACGCUCCUAUAGCGAUAAAGGCUAAAACCAAAAGCGAUAAUCUGCGAACUCUACUAGAACCUAAGGGAGACAAUUUUAUUAUAUCGUUUGCUUCCCGAGAAUGGAAAACAGAUGCAUUAUUGCAAACUGGUCUAUAUACCGCAGACCUGUUCUUAACGUUUCAAGAGAAUUUUUACAGUAAAUCUGUAGAUGAAAUGUUAGACAACAUCGACAUGAGCAGUGAAGACCUGAAAUCAUAUACAGUGACCAAUAUCAAAUACCCUAUAGACAAGGUGAUGCUGGACACACCAAAGGCAGAUGUUGAUGAUGAUGACCUUGAAUGAAUUGUUGCGAUUUUCCACACCUUUGUGGGCGGAAAGCAUUGCUUUUCGCAGGCUAAUUAAGUUGAAUA